ACACAGCUCGCACCACCAGCUACAUACACAUAACAGCAAUCAAAUCUCUUGGAUCAACCGAGAAGAUGGCCUCCUCCUCGAGGAUGCUCACGGUGGUGGUGCUGGCGGCGCUGUUCGCCGGCGCGAUGGCCGUGAAAGUGAAGUUGACGGUGCAGAAGGGGUCCGACAAAAAGAAGCUGGCGCUGAAGAUCGACUACACAAGGCCAAACGACAGCCUGUCAGAGGUGGAGCUCCGGCAGCACGGCUCAGAGGAGUGGCAGCCCUUGACCAAGAAGGGCGACGUGUGGGAGGUCUCGUGCUCCAAGCCGCUGGUUGGCCCCUUCAACUUCCGCUUCUUGUCCAAGAAUGGCAUGAAGAACGUCUUCGACGAGGUCUUCUCCACCGAUUUCAAGAUCGGCAAAACCUACCAACCGGAAUAUUGAUCCACACCGGCACUGCACACCGGCCAAGUUUCAGUUGAUCAAAAUCGUCCUAAUUAAUUAACACCCAUGUAUGAGUCGCGUAGGAAAUAUGUGCCUGCAUGAGUGGAUAGCUAGUGAAUAAUUUUAAUUUUUGAUGCACAUAGAUAUGGUAGGAGAAGCAACAACGGAUGUGUUUGCUCUCCCAUGCAUGCAUCCACUGUCGAUGCAGCAGUUUUCUUUUGUGUAACCGAAUGUGUAACCGAAAAUGCUCAAGUUUCUUAAUGAUCUAUGGAAGAAAACUCUAUUCUUUUGUCGGGAAAA